GCCCCCUUCCCGGCUACGGAGUGGGGCUGCUAUCGGUCUGCGCCUGUGGCUCGUUCGUCUUUUCCCAGUGGCCUGUGAUCAUGGGGCAGGAGCCGCGCACGCUGCCGCCCUCUCCUAACUGGUACUGCGCCCGAUGCAGUGAUGCCGUGCCUGGGGGCCUCUUCGGCUUCGCGGCGCGGACCUCCGUUUUCCUUGUCCGCGUGGGCCCGGGCGCCGGCGCGAUCCCUGGGACGCCCCCAUUUCGAGUCAUAGGGGAAUUGGUGGGACACACCGAAAGGGUCUCUGGCUUCACGUUUUCACAUCACCCGGGUCAAUACAACCUCUGUGCCACGAGCUCUGAUGAUGGGACUGUGAAAAUCUGGGAUGUGGAGACAAAAGCAGUUGUGACAGAGCAUGCACUCCAUCAGCAUACAAUAUCAGCAUUGCACUGGUCUCCUCAAGUAAAGGAUUUAAUAGUAUCUGGAGAUGAAAAAGGAGUAGUUUUCUGUUACUGGCUUAACAGAAAUGACAGCCAGCACCUCUUUAUAGAACCCAGGACAAUUUUCUGUCUUACUUGCUCACCUCAUCAUGAAGAUUUAGUAGCCAUUGGUUACAAGGAUGGCAUAGUGGUUAUAAUUGACAUCAGUAAGAAAGGAGAAGUUAUUCACAGGCUUCGAGGCCACGAUGAUGAGAUUCACUCCAUAGCCUGGUGUCCCCUGCCUGGCGAAGAUUGUUUAUCCAUAAGUCAAGAGGAAAAUUCAGAAGAACCUGCAAUUCCCAAUGGUAAAGUCACAGCACAAACUCCAGUAACAAAAGGCUGCUACUUAGCCACUGGAAGCAAAGAUCAGACCAUUCGAAUCUGGAGCUGCUCUAGAGGCCGAGGGGUGAUGGUUUUGAAAUUGCCCUUUCUGAAGAGAAGAGGAGGGGGUAUAGACCCAACUAUUAAAGAACGCCUUUGGUUGACACUCCAUUGGCCCAAGGAUCAACCAACACAGCUGGUAUCCAGCUGUUUUGGAGGUGAGCUGUUGCUGUGGGAUCUCACUCAGUCCUGGAGACGGAAAUAUACCCUCUUUAGUGCUUCAUCAGAAGGGCAGAAUCAUUCAAGAAUUGUGUUUAACUUAUGCCCUUUACAAACGGAGGACGACAAACAGCUGCUGCUUUCCACAUCAAUGGAUAGAGAUGUAAAAUUUUGGGACAUGGCCACCCUAGAGUGCUGCUGGUCCCUGCCUUCCCUUGGUGGAUUUGCCUACAGCCUGGCUUUCUCUCCUGUGGACAUGGGCUGUUUGGCCAUAGGUGUUGGAGAUGGUAUGAUCCGCGUAUGGAAUACACUCUCCAUAAAGAACAACUAUGAUGUGAAAAAUUUUUGGCAGGGGGUCAAGUCCAAGGUUACAGCGCUGUGCUGGCACCCAACCAAGGAAGGCUGUUUAGCUUUUGGAACUGAUGAUGGAAAAGUGGGAUUGUAUGACACCUACUCCAACAAACCGCCACAGAUUUCUAGCACGUAUCAUAAGAAGACUGUGUACACUUUAGCCUGGGGGCCACCACUGCCCCCCAUUUCCCUCGGAGGAGAAGGAGACAGACCUUCCCUUACUUUAUACAGCUGUGGAGGGGAAGGGAUUGUCUUACAGCAUAACCCUUGGAAGCUUGGUGGAGAGGCCUAUGACAUCAACAAACUAAUCAGGGACACCAAUUCAAUCAAAUACAAAUUGCCUGUACACACAGAGGUCAGCUGGAAAGCAGAUGGCAAAAUCAUGGCCCUUGGCAACGAAGAUGGAUCAAUAGAAAUAUUUCAAGUUCCCAACCUGAAACUGAUAUGUACCAUCCAGCAGCAUCACAAGCUUGUGAAUACCAUUAGCUGGCAUCAUGAGCACGGCAGUCAGCCGGAGCUGAGCUAUCUGAUGGCCUCUGGGUCCAACAAUGCGGUCAUUUAUGUGCACAACCUGAAGACUGUCAUAGAGAGCAAUCCUGAAUCUCCAGUGACCAUUACAGAGCCCUACCGGACCCUGUCAGGGCACACAGCCAAGAUUACCAGUGUGGCAUGGAGCCCACAUCAUGAUGGAAGGCUGGUAUCUGCUUCCUACGAUGGUACAGCUCAGGUGUGGGAUACUCUCAGAGAAGAGCCUCUGUGCAACUUCCGAGGACAUCGAGGUCGACUGCUUUGUGUGGCAUGGUCCCCACUGGAUCCAGACUGCAUCUACUCAGGGGCAGAUGACUUCUGUGUGUACAAAUGGCUCACUCCCAUGCAAGAACAUUCUCGGCCUCCUCAAGGUAAGAAAAGUAUUGAAUUAGAGAAAAAAAGGCUCUCUCAACCUAAGCCAAAGCCCAAAAAGAAGAAAAAGCCCACCUCGAGAGCUCCUGUAAAGCAGGAUGUGUAUGACGGGAAUGAAGACGAGAGCAUCAGGGAGAGCUCGGGACCUGUUGAGAACGGUCUGUCGGACCAGGAGGGUGAGGAGGAAGCCCAGGAGCCAGAGCUACCCAGUAGCAUCAUCUCAGUGGCUUCUAGAGAACCAGUUACCUGCACUCCGGUUUCCAUAGGUUUUGAAAAGUCAAAAACCACUGUUAAUAACAAAGUCACAAUACUGAAAAAGGAGCCACCUAAAGAGAAGUCAGAAUCCAUAACCAAGAAGCGAAAAGCUCGUUCCAUGCUUCCACUGACUACCAGCCUGGACCACAGGUCUAAAGAGGAGCUUCAUCAGGACUGUCUGGUAUUAGCAACGGCAAAACACUCCAAAGAGCUAAAUGAGGACGUGUCUGCUGAUCUUGAGGAAAGAUUUCACUUGGGACUUUUCACAGACAGGACUGCCCUGUACAGAAUGAUUGAGGUUGAAGGAAAGGGUCACUUGGAAAAUGGCCACCCUGAGUUAUUUCACCAACUCAUGCUUUGGAAAGGAGAUCUAAAAGGUGUUCUUCAGACGGCAGCGGAAAGGGGGGAGCUGACAGACAGUCUUGUGGCUAUGGCACCAGUUGCUGGCUACCAUGUGUGGCUGUGGGCCGUGGAAGCUUUUGCCAAACAGCUGUGUUUUCAAGAUCAGUAUGUUAAGGCUGCCUCUCACCUCCUUUCUAUCCACAAAGUGUAUGAAGCUGUAGAGCUGCUCAGGUCAAACCACUUCUACAGGGAAGCUAUUGCAGUUGCCAAGGCCCGACUGCGCCCAGAAGACCCGAUCCUGAAGGACCUGUACCUCACCUGGGGAGCCAUCCUGGAAAAAGACGGCCAUUAUGCCGUGGCUGCCAAAUGCUAUUUAGGGGCUGCUUCUGCUUAUGAUGCAGCCAAAGUUUUAUCCAAGAAGGGAGAUGCAGCAUCACUUAAAACAGCUGCAGAACUGGCUUCAAUUGUAGGAGAGAAUGAGUUGUCCUCUUCCCUGGCUCUCAGAUGUGCCCAAGAGCUGCUUUUGGCCAGGAACUGGGUGGGAGCCCAGGAAGCGCUGAAGCUACAUGAAAGUCUAAAGGGGCAGAGACUGGUGUUUAGCCUUCUUGAGCUCCUGUCCAAGCGCCUGGAGGAAAGGCAGCUUUCGGAGGGCAAAAGUUCUUCCUACAAUGUGUGGGCUGCAGGCACUGAAGGGCCCUUCGUGGAGAGGGUGACUGCAGUAUGGAAGAGCACCUUCAGCCUGGAGACCCCAGAGCAGUACCAGGCAGCAUUACAGCAGCUGCAAACUAUCAAGUACCCAUCUGCUACAAAUAACACUCCCUCCAAACAGCUUCUGCUUCAUAUUUGCCAUGAUCUGACGUUGGCAGUGCUAAGCCAGCAGGUGGCCUCCUGGGACGUGGCUGUGGAAGCCCUGCUUCGGGCUGUGGUCCGGAGCUACGACUCCGGAAACUUCACCAUCAUGCAGGAAGUGCACUCAGCCUUUCUUCCUGAGGGCUGUGACCACCUAAGAGACAAACUGGGUGAACAUCAGUCCCCUACCACACCAGCUUUCAAAAGUUUGGAGGCCUUUUUUAUUUAUGGACGUCUGUAUGAAUUCUGGUGGUCUCUCUCCAAGCCUUGCCCUAAAUCCAGUGUCUGGGUAAGAGCUGCUCACGGAAGGACAACUUCUGUGGAGCAAAGCCAGCAGAUAGACAGUGCCAGCCCUGAAGAAACAGACCCUAAUAUUUCUCAGCCAAAGCCAAGCGGGCCUCCAGAAUUAGACUUGAGCCUCACAGAAGAAAGUGAGCAAAUGCUGAUCACUUGUAAAGAGCUCUUUUCAGAAAAACACGCCAGUCUCCAAAACUCACAGAGAACCGUUGCUGAAGUACAAGAGACCUUGGCAGAAAUGAUCCGCCAACACCAGAAGAGUCAAGUCUGUAAAUCCACAACGAAUGGUCCUGAUAAGAAUGAAUCUGAGCAGGUAGCAGAACAGCCCCUCUCUAGUCCUCAGAACCAGUGUAAAGAAGAAAAAAAUCAGCCACUUUCUCUGCCUGAAUUAACCAAAAGUCUUACGGAGGCAAAUGAGAGAAUAGCUAAAUUUCCUGAGAGUGUUAAGAUCUGGCCCUUCCCAGAUGUGCUGGAGUGCUGUCUCAUUCUGCUUCACAUCGGGGCCCAGUGUCCUGGCAGCGUAACCCAGGACAUGCAGCAGCAGGCCCAAGAGCUCCUUCAGAAAUAUGGCAACACUAAAGUUUACAGAAAAUACUGCCAGACCUUCUGCACGUGAAUUUUCAAGGACCUUUAAGGAAACUGUGCCAAAUUCCAACGUACAACACCCUUCACCACCGUGACACCGCGCCAGACAUUCUCUUUGAUCCCUAGAUGUUUUUGCAGUGAUCCAAAUAAUACAAAUGAGGGUCAAGUUUGAAUUGACUCUACCCCUAGACAUAGUGGAAUCGGACUUUGGACUCAAUUGUGGUUUCCUACUGGAGGAAAAGAUCAUGAAAAGCUAGAAGUAGGUAUUCAGAACUAACACCUGCAGUAUGAUUCAUUGUUGGUCAUCUGUAAAGCCUUAUGCAGGUUUCACCCAAAGAGGAGAAACUUUUUAAUCACCCAAAGUGUUACGUUCUUAAACACAAACUACCUUUAUAAAUACUUUGCCUGGUGGUAAAUGUGCCAUUCUUGUUGGAGAUAGAAUUGAUAUCUUUUAUGACUUGGCUUGUUUUUUGUUGUUUGUUUUUUUUUUUUACUGUUUUUGUUAACUUGGGUUCUUCCCUUCUAUUCUUUCAAAGACUGAACUUUGAAUGUGAAAUAGGUCUUUACCCAUCGUGUUGACUCUACCCUCCAUCUGAACUUUAGAUCAAAAAUUUGGUUUUGUUUCAUGUAAUUGCUUACUUGAACACAUCAUUUACUAAAGCUUUAGAAGAACAAAUAACUAAAA